AUGUUUAGCAUAAAGGAACUGAAAAACCCAGUGGUCAUUUUUGACAACGGCUCCGGGCUGUGUAAAGUAGGCCUGACCGGAGAAAGCGGACCUCGCUCCAUUAUCAACACUGUUGUUGGACAUCAUAAAUUCAGUAUAGUUUCAAGAACCAAUCAGAAGAAAUAUUUCAUAGGAGAAGAAGCACAAGGCAGGCAUGAGAGCUUAUGUUUACAUUAUCCCAUUCAACGUGGCUUAGUAACCAACUGGGAUGACUUAGAAAAACUAUGGAAUCAUCUAUUUGAAUUGGAGCUAGGAGUUAAAUCCUGUGACCAUCCAGUACUGAUGACAGAGCACUCUUUUAACCCCCAUGAAUCUAGAGAGAAAAUGGUUGAAAUCAUGUUUGAAAAAUUUGAUGUUCCCGAAUUUUACUUGUCCAAUCAUGCUGUGGGAGCACUUUAUGCAUCUGGAAAUGUCACCGGCCUAGUAAUGGACAGUGGGGAUGGAGUUACCAGCACCGUCCCCAUUUAUGAAGGUUGCUCCCUGCCGCAUGCCGUCUCCCUAUUAAAUCUAGCUGGAAAGGAUGUAACAGAACAUAUGAUCCGCUUGCUCCUCUUGAAAGGCUAUAAUUUCCCUUCAAUUUUCAACAAAGCUGUGGGACAAGACAUGAAAGAGAAAAUCUGUUUUGUUACUAACAUCAAUAAUGAAAAAGAAACACCGCGGCAGGUUGUGUCACAGUAUAGGCUACCAGAUGGAAAUGUCAUCCGCAUCGACGAAAAUCUGUGCAAAAUUCCUGAUGCCCUUUUUACACCUGAUCGACUAGGCAUCCGUGAGCCAGGAAUCUCACAGAUGGUUUACAACAGUAUACAGAAGUGUGACAUUGACAUUCAGAAUGAUCUCUUUGCCAAGAUUGUGUUGUCAGGGGGCAACACCCUAUUCCCUGGCUUUGAAGAGAGGCUCAGGGAUGAAAUCACGAACUUAGCUCCUGAAGAAAUCCCUGUUGAGGUCCUCGCCUCUCAGGAGAGAGGCCUCUCCCCAUGGAUUGGUGCUUCCAUAAUAGGAUCGUUGAGCACGUUCAAACGGAUGUGUGUCACCGCUUCCGAUUUUAUCGAAUUUGGAAAAACGGUCAUUCAGAGGAAGUGCUUCUGA